CUCCCGCGGGGCCCCGCCGAGGGCCUCGAUCCCCGCACGAUGUUCCUCCGGCUGGCGGUCGCGGUGCAGGUGCUGUCGCUGCUGGCGAGCCGCGCUCACGCCUUCCCCAGACCCGCGGGCAAAGAUAAAGCUAUACACAACAGACAAUUAAGUGUAGAAAGACCUUUGGAGGAACAGAUUGCUGAAGCUGAGGCAGACAGGAAUAGGAAAACAGCUCCCACAGAAAAUAAGCCAGAGUUCAGGAAUUAUUCCUUUGCUGAUGAUCUGAACCUACUAAAAUCAGUAGCAGAAAGAGAGAGGAGUGAAAAGGAGAGGGAGUCAAUUAGAAGCUCUUUGUACGAACAGCAACUGGCCGUUGAUGAUGCAGACUCCACCAAGAACCGCAGGCUAGUGGAUGACUAUGACUCCACUAAAAGUGGGCUGGAUUAUAAAUUCCAAGAUGAUCCAGAUGGCCUCCAUCAAUUAGAUGGCACUCCUUUGACUGCUGAAGACAUUGUUCAAAAAAUUGCUGCAAGAAUUUAUGAGGAAAAUGACAGAGGAGUGUUUGACAAGAUUGUUUCAAAACUUCUAAAUCUGGGGCUAAUCACAGAGAGUCAGGCCUAUACCCUGGAGGAUGAAGUGGCAGAGGUUUUACAACAGCUAAUUGCAAAUGAAGCAAAGGAACGUGAGAAGGAGUCUGAAGACUUUGAUUACACUGCAAGCAGAGCAGACAGUGAUCCAAAGGAAAAGCAACAGGAAAGAAUGACACCAAGCAAAUCUUAUCAGGAUAGUAUCAUUAAUGGAGAGAUUGAUGAUACGCUGGAUAACACAUGGUCAUCAUCUAAUGUCUUGGAAAGAAGAAAUGAGCUGCCUUCUGAAGAUAAUUUUGAAGACCUCCAAUACUUUCCAAAUUUUUACGCACUAUUAAAAAGUCUUAACUCAGAGACAGAGACAAAAGAGAAAGAGACCUUGAUAACUAUCAUGAAAACCCUGAUUGAUUUUGUGAAGAUGAUGGUUAAAUAUGGAACAAUCACACCAGAAGAAGGAGUUUCCUAUCUGGAAAACUUAGAUACAAUGAUAGCUGAGCAGACGAAGAAGAAGCUUGAGAACCCUUCCACUAAAACCAGAACAAAACUAACAGCAGACAAGAGUAGUGAAGAAGCAGACAGUACAAAGGAAGAAGCAGCUAAAAUGGAAAAGGAAUAUGAAGUUUCAAAGGAUUCUACAAAAAAUGAAGGACAAAAUGCAGCAGGAAAUAGUGAAGAGUCUGGAGGGAAAUCUGAGGCAUAUUUGGAAGCAAUCAGGAAGAACAUAGAAUGGCUGAAAAAACACAAUAAACAAGGUAACAAGGAAGACUAUGAUCUUUCAAAGCUGAGGGAAUUCAUUGAUCAGCAAGCUGAUGCUUAUGUGGACAAGGGCAUCCUGGACAAGGAGGAGGCUGAUGUAAUUAAACGCAUCUAUGGCAGCCUGUAAAAGUUAGUGGCUGCCAGACAUGUAGAAAACUAGUCUAGUUUCCCCCACUCCUGGCUCAGUGACUUAUGAUCUGUUAAUUUGAGGAUAUCACUAGAAAUGCUCUGUUUACAUUGUACUGACAACUUCCUAGACAGCAAUGAAGAGCUGUAGUGCUCCAUUCACCCUCUGCAUCCUGUAUUUUCCUACAUUCACAAAUCAACCCUAAACACCAAAUUCUGACAGUGAAUUUCUAUUGGAUAGAGUCAAUAUUUCUGUAAUGCUCUCUUUGAUUUAUUAUUUGUGUUUGGUUUACUUUUGUAGAUCAACCAAUUGUUUCUGAUGGAAAGUUCUUUUCAUGCUACAUCUUUUUGCUCACACUCAACAAGCUUUCUAUAGAUGCAACUAUGUAAAGGGCAUUAUUAGAAAAUAGUUCAUAGUUCUCUAAAUAAAAUAUUUGAAAAUUAUUUACCUAUUAAAGUUUUCAUUAAUCUUAAUAUUAUUUUAUAUUCAGAAAUUUUGUGUUUAAAUCUUAGUAUCUUUUAUUUGAUCCUUUUUUAUUUCUUUAUGUAGUAUCCUGUAAUUUGGACUGUAGUGUCCUUAGCUAACUGAUAAAUCUUUGACAUUACCAUUGCCUUUCAUAUUACAGAGCUGUAUUCUCUUCUUCAGCAUGUAUGAACAUUCUCUUUGGUGCACCAUUUGAUGAUUGUGCAUGCAUAAUUAGUUGAAUUCCUGAUGUGAGUAUCCUGAUAGCAAGUGUAAAUAGCUGUUACUUUCUCUAAAGAAAAAAAAAAAGGAAAGCAAUUCAAGUUAUUUUGCAUGGAAAGGGAAGUUUGCAACUAGAGAUGUUUUUAGGAACAUGGGCCUUGCUUUUCAGAAAGACUCAAAGAAUCUAUCAUAUCUCAGUGUCUCUGAAUAUCAAGGCUGUGGUCUCUUUACUGACCUCUGCUCUGUGUUGAGCAGUAUCAUCCUGUAAAUUUUCUUUUUUUUUUUUUUCCCUAUAUAUGUUGUCAUUAUCCAAAAAUUUGGUACUUCCCAAUGGAAAAGGAAAACAAAAAUGUCACCCUCAUUCUUCUUCCUGAACUUACAUAGUUUUGGAAGAAUGGCUUAUGGGGUCUUUUGUCUUUAAGUGAAUGGAUAAUUUUAUAUAUGAAGAACUCAUAAAACAAGAUCAAAGGUAAGGAAGUUUUUAGAAAGGGAGAUUUUAACUGAGUUCCAGAAGAUGUAAUUCCUGAGACUUAUCACCUGCAGCAGUUAUUUGUGUAGAUGAACUCCAGGAAAACCCUGUUCUCUUUACUUACAGAUUCUUCAUUGAUAAUUGAGGUUACCCCUCUCUGAUUUUUU